CCUUAAGCGCUGAUCAUUGUGGGGUACUCCACAAUAUGACGCCUUGCGUUGAUUUGAUUGAAAUAAUAAGAGUUGCCAAGGAAAAUGCACACUAAUGCGAUAACAUAAGUAUAAAAGAAAGAGAAAUGGAUAGAAAAAAGAAAAACAAACGUCCUCUUGCAAUACUCUUCACAACUGGUUGAUCAAACCAAAUAUAUCAUAUUAUAGAGGAUAUUAUACUUUCCCAAUAAAAAUGGACAGGCAUAGGCAGUAUUCGAGGUAAACCCCAUUUUUUGAUAUCCUAAUUGUUACUUUUUUUAUUUUUGGGAUUUUUUUUCUUUUGAUUCAUCAACAGUGGACUUAAACGUGAAAGAAAGGCCUCGCUGGCGAAAUCACAUAAAAUUAUAUAUGAAUGGAUAGCAUCGUCGGUCAAUCUUGUGAAAUGUACGACGAGUUCUAUCAGUCUUAUUGCUUAUUUUAGUCUUUUUCUGGUUCAACAAGCAUAAAAACCGUUCGUGAAAAUAAAAUCCACCUUACGAAACACUCAAAUAGUGAAACGUAAAGAUGCCAUCCAUCUUACUGUAGCUACAUCAACGCGUAUAUAUUGGAAAAGAUUCAUUGACCGAAUUAACAUUAAGGAUUGGAACAGUUGUAAACGAAGCAAACAAACACAUUUUUAAGCUGCUACCGAAAAUGAACAGAAUCGUCAAAAGUCUUUUGUAUGGCGUUGGAAUCGUUGGUUUUGGUUAUGCUACAAUGAAAAUCACUACUCCUUCUCCUCAGCAUGUGAUCGAUUCUUUGUCGCCAGAGCUUCGAGCUGACUAUGAGAAAAGAAAAAAAGACUCAAGGCCGGCCGAAGGUGUGCUUCAUAUGAUUGAGGAAGCCCGACGCAACCCAAAAGAUAUUUCCAAAUAGUUCAUAAGAUUUUUGAUCAGUUCGCCUUAUAUCUCAUCUCAUUAGUCGGAGUGCUUCCCUCAUAAGUCAUCUAUGAAAUUCAUAAUCGGUCUACUUCAACUAAAGGCUCCAAAGAACAAGUCGUAUUCUGAAAAAUCUAUGUAUUUGUAACAUGCGAUUAGUUUUUAUUAAUACAACUUUUAAAACGAAAACGUCUAAUACCUAAACCAAUUAAUGAUAUUAAGGACGUAGCUUCUCCUGUUC